CAACUAAACGUUAAGUAUAAAAGCAAUAUUUUUAAUCUACUAGACAAUUUUACCAUUGUUGUUUUAUUAUUGAUAAUUAAAUCAAGUGAGAUAAUUAGUGUUGUUAAAUUAAACGAGUCUGGUUCAACUCUGCUCGAGCUUUUCUCAUUAAGACUCGAGUUCGGUUCGAUCCAUUUAUCAGCUCAUUUAAAGCUCGUUUG